CCAACACCCCCACCUUUGUUUAAUCGGCCAACGACGGAUCAUUGGGCAGCGAUCAGCGAGCUCAACUGACAUGGCCAUCUCCAUCUCCUAUAUAACGGCCCUCCCAGCCAUGGCCAUGGCCUCCCCAGCACAUCAUCAACAAGGCAUCCACAUCCACUAGCUACAUGCGAGAGUGAGAGAGCUCCUGCACCAGCACCACAGCUCUCCUACACGCCCAUCGAUCAUCUCGCUUGAGCUCUGAUCUCUCUCAUAAUAAUCUAUCUGAAGAGAGACGAUGCCUCGGUUCUUCCUCUUUUGCUUGGUGUCCAGCCAGCUGGCCGCGACCGCCGUCAUGGCGCGGCCUUUCGCCACCGUCUUCCUGCUGGACGGCGGCGGCGCGAUGAGUAGCCUAGUCGUAGCAGAGGCUCCUUAUUCUGCUCCUGUCGUCGCCCUGCACGCACACUCCCUGCUGGAGGAGUCCAGGUUCGCCGGAUCGCCGAUGAGCUCGCACCACGCGGGCCACAAACCCUUCGACAGCACGUUCGCCGGCGGCAAGAUCAUAGUGGCAGGGCUCGCCGCGGCCAUCGUCGUCGCCAUCUUCUGCUACAUCCGCAUCACCAGGAAGAAGAACGUCGUGGAGCCAAAAGUCUGAUGCAUUUAUAGAUAGACAGGCCUGACUCUCUCUCUAUAUGGACUCUCGUGAUUUCUGAAACCCUUUCUAUUCUACAGAGUACAGAGUUACAGACUGCAGAGUGAGGAUAUACGGGAAGGAAGAAACAACAAACAAGUGUAACCCCCCUAGAUUUGCUGUAAUAUAUACAUUUGUGAUGAAUAGACGAUUCACCUCCUUCAAA